AUGUCUCCUGUGCAGCCCUCUCGAUGGGCGGCAGCGCUCUUCCCUCCUGCCCUGGGGCUGAACCCCUGUGGGUUGCAGGAAGGCGUGAAAACGGAGAACGAUCACAUCAACCUGAAAGUGGCGGGGCAGGACGGCUCCGUGGUGCAGUUCAAGAUCAAGCGGCACACCCCGCUGAGCAAGCUGAUGAAGGCCUACUGCGAGCGGCAGGGCUUGUCGAUGAGGCAGAUUAGAUUCAGAUUUGACGGACAACCAAUUAGUGAAACGGACACGCCUGCACAGCUGGAGAUGGAAGAUGAAGACACUAUCGACGUGUUCCAACAGCAGACAGGUGGAGUGCGUUAAGACAUGCUGUCAUCUUGAGAAGAGGAGUUUAAGGAUCCUCAUCACACCUCACUCUCUCAUCUGUCCUUGGAUUUGCUAUUAAAUAGUAAACAAAUGAACAUGCUGAUUACAUGGGAUUCUUCUAAACUUUAGAGGACAUUUACCAAAAUUGCUUGUUGUCUUUGACGUUCUGCGUGUGCAAGUCAAAACAGUAUCUGCAGGGAUUAAUCUAUAUCUUAAAUUGGGCCAAUUUGAUUUAAGUUCAGAUUAAGUA